GACAACAGAUUCAGCGGAAGAACAUGCCUUUGAGGCAAUUCAAGUUGCUAUGCGGAGGCUUCAUAUCAUAUCUCUACAAACUCUUUUAGUAGAGAAAGAUCCAUCAAAAGGAUGCUGGGGAGAGUUGGGGACGGUCAUAAAAAGAAGAUUUUAUUGCUUUUUCUGAAUAUCCUCAGUAAGCAUGGAAAAUCAAUCGUGAUAGAGCAAACGGAUAGCGGCUCUUUGCAACGGAAAAACUCUUUCCUAUGUACAAAUCAAUGUGAAGCAAAAUCUUGUUUGAGAUGUGGAUCUGACGAUGCUCAAGAGGACAUUCUGAGGAGCUCUCGACCACCGGAUGAGUUUAAAUGUCCUUUGUGUUUGAGAUUAAUGUACGAUCGUGUUGUAAUUGCCUCUGGACAAACGUUUGAAAGAUUUUGGAUUCAGAAAUGGUUUGCUGAAGGUCAUGAUACAUGUCCAUUGACUAAAAUGAAAUUGGCCCACUUGUCUUUGACCUCGAAUUACACAAUGAAGGACCUAAUAUCAAGGUGGAGUGCAACACAUGGCGUCAGUGUUCCUGACUCGAGCAUGGAGGCAGCAGCGGCUCACUCAUUUAAAUCUUCUUUGAAUUCAAUUGCUAGCUUGAGCAGUUCAGUGAAUGAUCUACGUCUUCCUAUAGAAUUCAGCAAUUUAUCUUGUGGAUCGCCAGAUGCUGGUCUUGUGUCUGUUGCUAAGACACCAAAUGACUUCGAUGUGGUUUCAGGGGAAAGCAAUGACAGUAUUCACAAAAUUCAAUCUGGUGUAAGCAUUCAAGAUAUGGACCUGAAUCUCUUAACCGGGUUCAGUUCACUUUCUUGGGAGUCAGAAUGCAUCUUGGUUGGAAAUAUUAGUAACUUUUUCAAACAUAGCGAUCAAGCUUGCAGUUGGAUGUCAUCCGAGGAUUUUGUUCUAACAAUGGUUAGAUUUUUGAAUGAUGCACGUGAUUUCAAUGAUCUAAAUGCCCAAAUACUGGGAUGUCUAUCAUUGUCAACAGUUUUGCAGAAAUGCAGGAGCAAUUUGCCAGAUUUGAAUGACGAUGCUUUUGCACUUUUGGUAUCAUUUCUUGGAACUGAGGUUUCUAAAGAAGCCCUUGCCGUAUUGAAAGUAUUGUCCUGCCACCAAUAUUGUCAACAAAAAAUUGCGGCUUCUGGUGCUCUGACUCCCAUUCUAGAGAUGCUUGUUACCCAGAAUGCAGAAUUGCAUGGACCAGCCAUCAAAAUAUUACGUAAUUUGUCUGAAAAUAGCAGAAUUGUUUCCUUGAUUACACCUUCAGAAUUCAUUCCAAAGUUGAUUCCUUUUCUAGAAGAUACAGCUCUAGCAAGCGACACUCUUAUUAUUUUGAAAAAUUUGUGCUUCACUGAAGAUGCUAUGACUUCUAUAGCUAAGACCGAUGGAUGCAUUUCUUUGGUUGUGAAGCUACUCGACAGUGACAGUCGUGAGGAUCAGGAGCAUGCGGUGGCUCUUCUUCUUUCUUUGUGUUCUCAAUGCAUUCAACACUGUCGGCUGGCCAUGGAUGAAGGGAUCAUCAUUGAUCUUUUCAAUAUAUCUGUCAAUGGAAAUAGCAAAGGGAAGGCAACGGCUAUGGAGUUGCUGACACUGUUGAGAGGUGAAUUUAAUAAUAAUGAAGAAUCUUCAGUUGCGGAUGUUGACAUUUCUAGAGGCUAUACCAUUGACCUUACACAGCAGAAAUCUAGUUCAAAGGAACCUGGAUUUAUAAAGAAGUUAUUCUCAAAACAAUGCCGCGCAUAGCAAGAGCUUAGUGCACCAGACUGCCCUUUUAUUCUCAAAACAAGGUUCGCCUACUCCUAGAAGUAAAAACUAGUACUCAGUAUAUAUCUUAGAAUGAAGGUUGCCAGACUACAGUGAGUAUCAUGUUAGCUGAUUACAUGUCCUCAUAACUGUCUGUACGAGUUGUGCUGAUUUCGUCUAGAUAAAUAUGUAUGCUAUUGCAUGAUAUGAUGUGUACAAUUUCUCUACUUCCUCUAGUUUUUUUUAGUGUUGAGAAGGAAGACUUUUCUGAGACUUGUAGCUGUAAAAUAUCUUCCUUUGCUAUUUUUUUUGGUAAGUAGAUGGAUACUGUUAAAUGGUCUAAGAAAUACUAAUGAAAUAUGUAUAGAUCUUCUUACCCUUGUCAAUGAA